AAAAUAUGCUUUCUCUGAAUUGUUUUCUUGACAAGUCCAAACAACGAAAAAUAUAUAGGUAUUUUAAUGUAAUUCUCGAAAUAAAUAGUUCCUAAAGGUUUAACGUAACAGAAAACAGAAGCAUUUUUACAACUAUCAUUAACCAUUGAAUAUUAAUCAAAGCAUUCAACGAUUAAUCGAGCAACUUUAAAAAGGAAAAUCGAGAUGUCCUGUAUGAAAAGUAUCUUCACAUUUUCUCAUUUACUGUAUGAUCUUUUUGUCUUUUCUAUGAGGAUUACUUUCGCCAUGACUGUAGCUGCUUUUAAAACGAUUGUACCCUCUCGAUCAAAGAAUUUGCUAGGCGAAACGGUAUUGAUAACCGGUGCUGGUCAUGGAAUUGGCCGUGAAUUGGCUAUACAAUUAGCUUCUUUGGGUUGCAUAAUCGUUUGUUGGGACGUAGAUACCGAAGCAAAUCGGUCGACGAUGAGUCUGGUAUCGAAAAAUGGUGGAGAAGCUUACGGUUUCGUAGUCGACGUAUCGAAAAGAUUAGAAGUCCGAGAGGCAGCGAGGUUAAUGAGAAAAGUCGGCGUGCCAGAAGUGUCUAUCCUGAUUAACAACGCCGCUGUAUUAUAUCAUUGUCCUUUUUUGAAUCAAGACACGGAUAUCAUAGAAAAGACGUUCAACGUUAAUGUUUUAUCAAACUUUUGGACUAUAGAAACGUUUUUGCCCAGCAUGAUGCAAAAUGGAAAAGGACAUGUAGUUUGCGUGUGUAGCAUGUGUGGUAUAUAUGGUGUGUCCCAAAAAGUAGCCUACUGUUCUUCCAAAUUUGCUGUGAGAGGUUUGAUGGAGGCUCUUUAUGAGGAGCUGCGAUUGGACCACAAGUAUACCAACAUACGAUUUACAACCGUUUAUCCAUUUUAUGUGGAUACUGGGCUAGCCAGAGAUCCAAAAUAUAGAUUUCCUUAUAUAUUCGGUGUAGUAUCACCUGGAUAUGCAGCGGGAGAAAUAAUCAAAGCAGUUAGAAGAAAUUAUACCGAAUACUCUAUUCCUAGAUGUCUUCUUACUCUAAAUUCCAUUAACAGAUUGGUUCCUGAAAGUGCGAUGAGGUUGAUCCUUGAUUUCUUAGCGAAUGUAGAUCGUAAACGCCGAGAAAAACUUGCAGUCCGGGAAACUGUCGCUUCGUAAAACAUAAUAAUAUUCAUACAUACAUAAAUUUAUGUUUAUAGAAUGCGUCACAAGAUGAUGUCACGUAACGUGUAAUUUAAAAAUUACAUUGUAUUAUAUUCGAACUCGAUAACAAAACAAUUUUUUGUUAGCAAAUAUAUCAUUAGGUAUCUUACAGAAUAAUUACAAUAAUUAUUUUAAUUUUGUUUAUCUCAUAGUAAAAUAUUUUAAUAAAGAAUUAAAGAUAAUAGAUAAAUCAAUUCUAUGCUAUUAAACUUGGAGAUUGUAUAUUUAUUGAUGUUAGAAAUAAUUUGCAAUUUAAAUCAGUUACGUUACUUAGAAGAAAAGUUUCCCUAUAAAUAUUUAAGAUGUAGAAAACAAGCAAAACAAGUAAGUUCUUUAAUUUUUCGUACAUACAAAGUAGAUAUAAUCCUACUUUCUUCUUUCUUCUUCUAUAAGAGUUUUUCAAAAUAUUUAUGACCUUAAACUUUGAAUCAGCUAAUAGACCAUCGCACGUACUCUGUAUGUUGCAUCCUUUCACUUCCAUAAAAAGCUUAUAACACUAGAUAAAGAUAGUGUAAUAAUCGUGCGCUUAAGUAGGUAUGUAUCAUUUUGGUUGACAACGUAUCGCGACGACGAAAAUCGUUAUCGAACUGAAGAAUCUUGAUCAGCUUAAAUGACAAUUGAUAUGAUUAUGAUAUCAGGCCGAGAUAUGACGAUGAAAACACAAUUAUCUUCCUCGACGUAUCUGACCCUACAAUAAUGUGAAGUAUCGCAGAAUUCGUUAAGAAUCGGAAGAUUUUCUUUUAUUUACCUAUUGAAAGGAAAAAUUACUUCAUUUUCGCUGUAUUAAAACAAUUAAUAACAAUUUGCUUUAUAAAAUCCAAGCAUUGUAUUUGCAUGAUACGUUUCGUGAAAUUUAAGAGAACGAUUUCAAUCGCAUUCAAUAGGAAUCGAUGGGUUUUCCUCUUGACCUACCUGAACAAACGUUAUCGCAGGUUAAAAAGAUAUUUUCUAAAUAGAAGGUGAAGGUGACUUUGCUAUCUGUAAUGUACAGUGAAUUCCUACAAGGAGUCCCUUUUCAAGAGACUGGAUGAACUAUCUUAAUUGAUCGUACGUACAGUUGUUUUGGCGAAAUCUUAGAUUUCAUUGUGGGAGCAUAAACUCGCUGACUGUGAUCUGAUUUUCUCAGCAUGUCUCGCGAAACUAUAUGAUCAGCAAAGUCAUCUGAACAGAAAUUGAAAAUAUAUAUAUAUAUAUAUAUAUAGGAAAAAAAUAUAUAAAUAUAUAUAUAUAUAAAAUUGCCGUCUUUUUUUUUUUUGAUAAAACGGCAAUUUUAUAGCGUAGAUGUCUUGAAAAACUGCAUUUAUUUAAAUCAUUACCGAAAGGAAUGACACCAGUUGUAAAAAAUAAAAAAAACUAUAUGAACAUGAUGGCAAUAUCUUUUGUAAAUGUGAAUAACUUUUCAUUUUUCUGCAGACUGUUCUAUCAUUUUGUUCGACCGA